AUGGCAGGCAUGGUCGCUAAGUACGCCAUGAAGAAGGCGUUGGGCAAGGAGAUGGAAAAGUACAAGUCCAAGGACGUCUCUGGUCCCUACGACCCCUACUACGCACUGCAGCCAGACCCAAAGAGGCCCCACAAGAUGAAGAAAGUCAAGAAGGACAUCCCCAGCUACAUUCCCGAGAAUGAUUGCGUUGUCUUAGCCAAAGCCCGCAAGUCCGCAUACAGGCUCGACUACGCUCUCUUUACCUUUAUGGGAAUCCGAUUUGGCUGGUCUUCUGUCAUUGGCCUCGCCCCAGCCGUGGGUGACGCCGCAGGUUCCGCCUUGGCCUUGAACCUGGUUCGCAACAUGUGCAAAGUGGAAGGCGGACUGCCAGCCAGCGUUCUUAUCAUGAUGCUGUUCAAUGUCGCCUUUGACUUCCUCAUCGGUCUUGUUCCCUUCAUCGGCGAUCUUGCCGACGCGGCUGUCAAAGCCAACGGCAAGAACGUGCGCCUUCUCGAAGAGCAUCUCGACAAGCUCUAUAAGCCCAAGGAGCUCGCAGACAGAGAUUCCAAGCUCCCCAGAGAACGACGACCGCGCCCUGCUUCUGUCUACGUCGACUUUGACGAUGAGAUUGAUGAGCGACGCAACACCUUUGAGAAUGACCAUGACGAUGUUCGCCACCCUCAACGUUCCUACGGUGGAGGGCGUGUUCACGACGAAGAAAUGGGUGGACGGUACGACAACCAACCCCAAAGAUCGCGCCGGGACGACAGGCCUAGUCGCAACAACACUAGGAGCAGCAGACGUUGA